ACACCAGCAUCUUGCUGCCACCCCGCCACAACAACACUUGUACUUGCAAGCAGCAGAUAAAAACACUUGCCGAGUUCCCGGUUUCCACUCACCCACCUGGGCUGGAUUCUUCGUCGUCGUCUUCGCACCUCUGUGGGUUUAAACUUCGAACCCGAACGGCGGAAGUCACAGUAAACAUAAAUAGACACACUCUCUCUUUCGCUCUCUGUAUCUCUCUCUCUCUCUCUCUCUCUCUGUGAUCAAGUACACGAUUAUCUAUCGUUCGGAAUUAUGUUUCCUUGCGGCCAUGACCUCGACCGUUUCCAUUAGCUGCCGCUUCUCUUUGUUUGGUGCUUUAUCAUUUAUUUUGCCGAUACUUGAACGGAACUCGCACAUUAGCUCCAGGUGAACUUUUGUUCAGUGAAGUUAUUUAUCUGCAAUUCGUUUGGUGAUACAAUUUUGGGAAUCCGAUAUGUCACAGUCAGGGUAUGAUAUUAAUGUUCUGUUUCAAGAAGCUCAAACGCGAUGGCUGAAACCUGCUGAAGUGCUGUAUAUAUUGCAAAACCAUGAAAAAUACAAGUUUACCCACGAGCCACCUCAUAAGCCAACUAGUGGAUCAUUGUUUCUUUUUAACAAGAGGGUCCUUCGGUUCUUUCGCAGAGAUGGUCAUAAUUGGCGUAAAAAGAAGGAUGGAAGAAGUGUUGGGGAAGCACACGAGCGACUUAAGGUUGGAAAUGUCGAGGCUUUAAAUUGUUAUUAUGCACAUGGAGAACAGAACCCGAAUUUUCAGAGACGUAGCUACUGGAUGCUGGAUCCGGAAUAUGAACAUAUCGUUCUUGUUCACUAUAGAGAGGUUGGUGAGGGAAAGUCUACUCCCAGAUCUGCUGUGCAGUUAUCACCAGGGUUGUCUUCUGCUUUCAGUCCAAGUACAACAUCUCAUACUACUCACAAUCGAGAUUCUACCUCUGCAGUUAGUGAUUUAUAUGACCCUGAUCGGAGUUCAUCUAGUCCAAGUUCUACGGAAAUCAGUUCAGAGAUAGUCACCAAGGACAAUGGACUAGAGACUUUAACUGGGUUUACUAGUUCCCCAAAGGAUGGCGUUAGUCAAUUUUUGAGAAGGCUGGAGGAGCAUUUGAGUCUGAAUGAGGACAGCAUUAAAGAAACUGACCCAUUAUGCAGUGAGGAAGGAAUCACAAAUGAUCCAGAACUUCUGGAAUUUGCAAAACAGAUCUCCGAGAAGGAUCACUAUGUAAAUAUGCUGCAUGGACCUGAGAAUAUUGUGAAUAAUCAAUGUUAUGAUUUUGGUGAACCUCCUGGGUUGCAACUGCAGAGCAACAAUGUUGUUCACCUACAGGACACAGGUGAUGGUGGCAAAUACCAUCAACCAUUUGUAGAGUAUGCAGAUGGGAGCAAAGAAUCCAUUUCUUGGAAUGAAGUGUUGGAGUCCUGUAAAGUGUCAUCUGGUGUGGAUUACCAGGAAAAGCCACAGCCUUCUUUGAGGGAACCAGCUGAAGAGCAUGAGUAUUCUCAUUGGCUAAACUUCAAUGGAAAUAAUGUCAGAAAUUCUUCUGAGUUGCUGCCUCAAGAUGUUGAAAAUUUUGAUAUUCCUUUAUACUCUCCUGUCUUGGGAACUCAUGAAACCAAUCCUGACUACUAUUCAAUGCUAUAUGAUGAAGGCCACCUUGGAGUGCCAAUUGAACCUGAUUCAAGUUUGACUGUUUCACGACAGCAGAAAUUUACAAUCCGUGAAAUAUCCCCAGAAUGGGGUUUUACCUCUGAGGCUACAAAGGUAAUUAUUGUUGGAUCUUUUUUAUGUGAUCCAUCAGAAUCUGCAUGGAAAUGCAUGUUUGGUGAGACUGAGGUUCCCACUGAAAUCAUUCAAGAAGGUGUUCUCUGCUGUGUAGCUCCUCCCCAUCUUCCAGGAAAGGUCACUUUCUGUGUUACUUCUGGCAAUCGGGAAUCUUGCAGUGAGGUCAGAGAAUUUGAGUAUCGAGCUAAGAGUAGCUGUCCUCAUUGCAACUUAACCCAAAUGGAAGUUGCAAAGGGCCCAGAAGAGUUGCUACUGCUUGUCAGAUUUGUGCAGAUGCUUCUCUCUGGUUCCUCUAUGCAAAAAGAAGACAGCAUAGAAACAGGAAUUCAACUACUGAGAAAACUUAAAACAGAUGAUGGUUUGUGGAGUAGAAUCAUUGAGACUCUCUUAAUUGGUAAUGGAACUUCAACUGGCACCAUCGAUUGGCUUCUGGAACAGCUUCUUAAAGACAAACUACAGCAGUGGCUUUCUUUUAAGUCCCAGGAAAGACGAGAUCAACCUAGUUGUACCUUGUCCAAGAAAGAGCAAGGGAUCAUACACAUGGUUGCUGGGUUGGGCUUUGAGUGGGCCUUGAGCCCAAUUAUCAGUCAGGGAAUCGGUGUAAAUUUCCGAGACAUUAAUGGAUGGACUGCCCUUCAUUGGGCUGCUCGAUUUGGAAGGGAAAAAAUGAUUGCAGCCCUUUUAGCCUUUGGUGCAUCAGCUGGGGUGGUCACAGAUCCCACUUCACAAGAUCCAGUUGGCAAAACUCCAGCAUCCAUUGCGGCCGACAGUGGGCAUAAGGGACUUGCAGGUUAUCUUUCAGAGGUGGCACUAACAAGUCAUCUUUCAUCCCUUACACUAGGAGAGAGUGAACUUUCUAAAGGAUCUGCUGAGGUCGAGGCUGAGAAAACUGUAGAUAGCAUCUCAAAAGGGAGUUUUUCUGCCUAUGAAGACCAGGUUUCACUUAAAGAUACCUUGGCUGCGGUACGAAAUGCAGCUCAAGCUGCUGCACGAAUACAAGCUGCCUUCAGAGCACAUUCUUUCAGGAAGCGACAGAAAGAAGCUGCUAUGUUGGCUAAUAGCAUAGAUGAGUAUGGCCUCAAUUCCAGUGAUAUUCAUGAGGUUUCAGCUAUGUCGAAGCUGGCCUUUGGCAAUGCACAUGACUACAAAUCAGCUACUUUAUAUAUUCAGAAGAAAUAUAGAGGGUGGAAAGUUCGCCAGGAUUUCCUAGCAUUUCGACGGAAAGUUGUGAAGAUACAGGCACAUGUGAGAGGUUAUCAAGUUAGGAAGCGGUACAAGGUAAUAUGUUGGGCUGUUGGAAUUCUAGAGAAGGCUGUGUUGCGGUGGAGACGCAAAGGAGUUGGUUUGCGAGGUUUCCGGAAUGAGGGAGAAGCCAUUGAAGAUAGUGAAGAUGAAGAUAUUCUCAAGUUGUUCCGCAAACAAAAAGUUGAUGCAGCUAUUGAGGAGGCCGUAUCUCGCGUGCUGUCAAUGGUUGAUUGUCUUGAGGCACGUCAACAAUAUCGUCGGAUGCUUGAACGUUAUCGCGAAGCCAAAGCUGAAGUAAUUGAGACAAGUGAAGCAGCAGCAACUUCUGCCGACAUGGAAAAUGAUGAUAUUUUACCAUUUCAAGUAGGAGCAGCUUCUAACUAUCUAACUUAAGUUUUUACCUUCUUAAGCCUUGACCAAUCUCAAGUUGCCUGCUAUAGGGUUUCUGGAGUCGGUUUAUGUAUAAUAUUCUGCAUUCACCAUAGUUACAAGCGAUUACGAGUGGUGUGCAGUUGCUUGAUAUCAAUGCUCUAGUUGGUUCUUGUAAGUAUGUAAAUUGUUUCAUAUGAGGUUUCUGGCUUGAGCUACUUGUAAAUGACUGUUAUGUUGCAGUCUUAUAACUCCAUUUGCAGGUGUAGCUUCUCUUCAUCAUAUGUGGGGGGUGGGGUGUGAGCGUUCGGUCUAUUUAAUCUGUUUGAUUGAAUUACCCAAGUCGAAUAAAGUGAAUUUUUUGAGGGGACACAACUCAAUUGAA